AUGUAUGGAAUUAAACGUUCAUGCGAUGAAUAUUUGGCGUGUUUGAGUGGUUUUCUUAAAGUUGCAGAGGAGAAUCGGGUGAAUAAAGGAGAAAACUAUAUAUGGUGUCCUUGUGUAGAUUGUCAGAAUUGUUGUAUGUACACUGAUUCUGCCAAAAUAGAAGAGCAUUUGAUAAUUCGUGGGUUUAUGAGAGAUUAUACGUGUUGGUCACGACAUGGUGAGAUAUUGGUUGAUCAUAAUGUAGCCCCUUCUGAGUAUAACGAUGAUAUUGAUGAUACAAACGAUAACAACUAUGAUAACUUAUCUGGAAUGUUACAUGAUUGUGAAGACAGUGUUGCUGAAGAUGAUUAUGAAAAAUUUCAACAAUUAUUUGAUGAAUCAGAAAAACCGUUAUACAUUGGGUGUACAAAGUUUACCAAACUAUCCGCUGUGUUGAAAUUGAUUAACUUAAAAGCAAACAAUGGUUGGAGUGAUACAAGCUUCACAAGUCUUCUAAAGAUUUUGCAUGAGAUGCUUCCGGAUGAUAACGAGUUACCUAUGUCCACUUACCAAGCAAAAAAAUUGAUGUGUCCAAUGGGAAUGGAAAUUGAAAGAAUACAUGCUUGCCCAAAUGAUUGUAUGUUGUAUCGAAACGAAUAUGCAGAUCUACAUAGUUGUAUUACAUGUGGUACAUCACGAUACAAAAGGAAAAAUCCUACAGAAGAAAACAAUAAUAUGAGAGCGAGUGGACCGCCUGCUAAAGUCUUAUGGUAUUUGCCUAUCAUUCCAAGAUUAAAACGGUUAUUUGCAAACGCUAAAGAUGCAAAGUUAAUGCGAUGGCAUGCUGAGCGUACAAUAGACAACAAAAUAAGGCAUGUUGCAGAUUCUCCUCAAUGGAGAAAUAUCAAUUCUAAUUUUGAAGAGUUUGGUCAGGAUAUUAGAAAUAUUAGGUUUGGACUUAGUUCUGACGGCAUUAAUCCAUUUGGAAGCUUAAGCAGUCGCCAUAGUACAUGGCCAGUUCUUCUUUGCAUCUACAAUCUUCCGCCUUGGUUAUGCAUGAAAAGAAGAUACAUCAUGAUGUCGUUACUAAUUCAAGGUCCAAAACAACCGGGAAAUGAUAUCGAUGUUUAUUUAGCUCCAUUAAUUGAGGACAUGAAAAAUUUGUGGAGUCCGGGUGUCGAAGUGUAUGAUGCAUAUAGUGGGGAAAAUUUCCAACUUCGGGCCAUGAUUUAUUGCACGAUAAAUGAUUUUCCAGCAUAUGGGAAUUUGUCUGGAUAUAGCACAAAAGGAGCAAAUGCAUGUCCAAUUUGUGAAGAUGACACACAGUCGUUCUGGUUGACAAAUUGCAAGAAAAAUGUGUUCAAUGGUAAAACCGAGGAGAGGACAGCAAGGAAACCAUUACGAGGAGAAACUGUAUUUUCUCGUGUUGAAAAUCUAAACGUUACAUUCGGAAAAUUCAAAGGUAAUGGCAAAGGAAAACGUAAACGUAAACGUACUGGUAUAACUCCUCCCAAAAUUAUUUGGAAGAAAAGAUCUAUAUUUUGGGAGUUACCAUACUGGAAACACUUGCAGGUUCGCCAUUGUCUUGACAUUAUGCAUAUUGAAAAAAAUGUUUGUGAAAGCUUGAUAGCCUUAUUGUUAAACAUCAAGGGAAAGUCAAAAGACGGGAUUAAUGUUCGAGAAGACAUGAUUGAAAUGGGAAUUCACCCCGAGCUUGCUCCUAUUAGGAAUCCUGGAAAGCGUACGUAUCUGCCAGUAGUUUGUUAUACCAUGUCAAAGGAUGAGAAAACAAAAUUUUGUAAAUGCUUACAUGGUGUAAAGGUUCCAUCGGGCUAUUCGGCUAAGGAUAUAUAUUAA